AUGUCAGCCUUGCUUGUGGUGGACGUACAAUACGAUUUCAUCAACGGGUCAUUGGCGGUCAAAGAUUCUGAGAGCAUUUUGCCUGUUGUCCACGAGCUCCUGGACGAUGCGAAGUGGGACUUGGUUAUAGCGAGUCAAGACUAUCACCCAGCUGGACAUGUGUCUUUCGCGUCAGCGCAUAACCUUGCGCCUUUCCAACCCGUCCGGUUGCCCCAUCCCAUUACACACGAGCAGCCCACAAGCGUAGAAGCGGGAGAAAUAUUGAAAGGAGCCGCACCCGAAGACACGAUCGUGCAGAUGUUAUGGCCUGACCACUGCGUGCAGGGUACUAAGGGAGCCGAGCUGGAAGAAGGUGUCCGCGUGCGGCUCGAGAGACUGGGACCCAAAGCGCAUAUUGUGCGGAAGGGUUGUCAUCCGCACAUAGACGGAUACUCCGCCUUCGCUCUCAAUCACUACGUUAAGUUCACCGAGCUGCCUCGGCUCCUAUUUUCCAAAGGAAUACACAAGGUCACUAUCGUGGGCCUAGCCACUGAUUACUGCGUGCGGGCAAGCGCCAUCGAUGCACGCAAGUUCGACUUCGAGGUGGACAUUGUUCGUGCCGGCGUCCGCGGGGUAUACUCGGACAAGGAAGAGACUGUCCUACAGGAACUCGAAAAAUGGGGAUGCAAGAUAAUCUGA